AUGAGAGAGAAGCAGAGAGAUGAGAGGGAUGAUGCAGGCAGUAGCACAUGCCCAGAGAGUGCCAGAAAGGGGGAGAACAAACCUGACAAAUACUGGGACCAGGGAGAUCCUUCCAGACACAGAGGGACCCUGAGGCCUCCCUCAGACGGGGCCCAGCAGAGCUGUGCCGGACGAAGACUGGAGGGGCCCAGGGGGGCUGGCUGCAGUGCGGGAAGUCCAGAUAAGGGGGGCCUGCCCCAGGGCUGGCCCACACCAGGCAACCCUGAGACGGAGGUCAGGGCUCCAGAUACCUCGGAGGAUGGGGACCCAGAGGAGGACACAGCCAAGGCCCUCCAGCGCCUGGUGGAGCUGACGACCCCCAGGGUGGCCCCAGUGAGGAGCCUCCGUGUCCAGUACCGCCUCAUCCGAAAGCUGGGCUCCGGCUCGUAUGGCCGAGUGCUCCUGGCGCAGCCUCGCCACGGGGGCCCAGCUGUGGCUCUCAAGCUCCUUCGUCGUGCCUCGGUCUCAAGAACCACCUUCCUGCGGGAGUUCUGUGUGGGCCGCUGCGUCUCCUCACAUCCUGGCUUGCUGCAGACUCUGGGGGGACCCCUACAGACACCCCGAUAUUUUGCCUUUGCCCAGGAAUAUGCACCCCACGGGGACCUCAGCGAGAUGCUCCAGGAAAAGGGCCUACCAGAGCUGAUGGUGAAGCGGGUGGCGGCCCAGCUGGCUGCAGCCCUGGACUUUCUCCAUGGCCGGGGACUGGUGCACGCAGAUGUCAAGCCAGACAACGUGCUGGUCUUUGACCCUGCCUGCAGCCGUGUGGCCCUAGGUGACCUAGGCCUGACCCGGCCGGAGGGCAGCCCAACUCCUGCUCCACCCGUGCCCCUGCCCACUGCGCCACCAGAGCUCUGCCUGCUGCUGCCUCCGGACACACUCCCCCUGCGGCCGGCCGUGGACUCCUGGGCCCUGGGGGUGCUUCUCUUCUGCGCUGCCACAGCCUGCUUCCCAUGGGACGUGGCGUUAGCCCCCGACCCUGAGUUUGAGGCUUUUGCCCGCUGGAUGACCACCCGGCCUCGGCCCCUGCGGCCCCCUGCGCCCUGGGACCAGUUCACACCUCCAGCCUUAUCCCUGUUCCAGGGGCUUCUGGAUCUGGAUCCUGAGACCAGGAGCCCCCCAUUGGCUGUCCUGGAUGUUCUCGGGGAUGCGUGGGGACUGGAGGGGAGGGGAGAUGGACUUGGCGUCUUGGAGAAUGUGCUCCAUGAGGAGGAGGAAGGAGGAGGAUCAAGCUUGGAGGAGUGGACGGAGGAGGAGGAGGAGGAGGAGGAAGGCAGCGGUGGCAGGAGACUGAGAACAGGUCAGAACGGAGCCCAGCCAGGUGACUGA